GAUAGUGGAGUAUAAACAUAAAGUCUCUUUAACAAAGAUGUUCACCCUUCUCAAUACUAUUACUACUACUACAACAAGAACCUCCUUUUUCAUUCACUCAUCUUAUAUACAUCUCUCACUCUUCUCUUUCUUUGCAACCUCUCUACACACAUAAAUCAAAAACAAAAACAAAAACAAAAUCAAAAUGACUCAUCAUCCAUUCUUCCUCUUUAAACUCAUACUAAUUAUCUCCAUAACCACCAUAUCACAUGUUACCACCACGAAAACAAACCAAUCUGAGUUUUUUUCACUUAUGAAACUGUCUCUCACAGGUAACCACCCUUUAGAUUGGAGUUUCAAACUCGAUAAACCGAUAUGCGCCUUCACAGGAAUCACCUGUAACGACAAAGGAGACGUUAUGAGUCUCGACUUUACAGGUUAUUCGUCACUCUCAGGAAACUUUCCUCUAAAUAUUUGCAUAUACUUUCCAAACUUACGCAUACUACGUUUAAGUAACACAAAAUUCAAGUUCCCAACGAACAGUAUAACAAACUGUUCGCACUUAGAAGAAUUAUACAUGAACCAGAUGCACCAGUCAGGAACACUUCCAAAUUUCUCGUCAUUAAAAUCACUCAGAAUUCUCGACUUAUCAUACAACUCCUUCACUGGUGAAUUUCCAAUGUCUGUUUUCAACCUCACAGAGCUUGAGAUUCUUAACUUCAACGAAAACAAUGGUUUCAAUCUAUGGGAGCUACCAAAGAGUUUUGAAAAGAUGAAAAAAUUGAAGUCAAUGGUUUUGUCAACAUGCAUGGUGCAUGGUCAAAUUCCACCAUCCAUAUCAAACAUAACAACACUCAUUGAUCUUGAAUUAAGUGGAAAUUUCUUAACAGGUCAAAUUCCAAAAGAGCUUGGUUUGUUGAAAAACUUGCAACAACUUGAACUUUACUAUAACUAUCAUCUUCUUGGUAACAUUCCAGAAGAGCUUGGAAAUUUAACUGAGCUUGUUGAUUUGGAUAUGUCAGUAAACAAAUUAACAGGAACAAUUCCAUCUUCUGUAUGUAACCUUCCAAACCUUCAAGUUCUUCAACUUUAUAACAACAGUCUAUCAGGUGAAAUUCCACAUUCGAUCGAAAAUUCGAAAAAACUUAGAAUAUUGUCGCUUUACGACAAUUUCUUAAGUGGAAAUGUUCCUAAGAAACUAGGACAGUUUUCAGGUAUGGUUGUUCUUGAUUUAUCAGAAAACAAAUUAUCUGGUCCUUUGCCAGAACAUGUUUGUAAAGGAGGUAAACUGUUAUAUUUUCUUGUUUUGGAUAACAUGUUUUCUGGUUUUAUACCAGAAAGUUAUGCAAACUGCAUGUUUCUGUUAAGGUUUCGUGUCAGUAAUAAUCGUUUAGAAGGUUCUGUUCCAAAAGGGUUGUUAAGUUUACCACAUGUUUCAAUCAUUGAUUUGAGUAGCAACAAUUUAACCGGUUCGAUUCCCGAGUUAAACGGUAAUUCAAGAAACUUGUCUGAACUUUUUCUUCAGAGGAACAAGAUUUCAGGAAACAUAACACCAACAAUCUCUAGAGCUGUUAAUCUUGUCAAAAUUGAUUUCAGUUAUAACUUUCUUUAUGGUCCUAUACCUUCAGAAAUUGGUAACCUUAGAAAGCUUAACUUGCUUAUGUUACAAGGUAACAAGUUAAACUCUUCUAUUCCUAGUUCACUUUCUUUGUUGGAAUCACUUAACCUUCUUGAUCUUUCAAAUAAUCUCUUAACUGGAAACAUACCUGAAAGCCUUUCUGUGUUGUUGCCAAAUUCUAUUAACUUUUCUCAUAAUCUUCUUUAUGGUCCUAUUCCUCCUAAGUUGAUUAAAGGUGGUUUAGUUGAAAGUUUUUCAGGUAAUCCUGGUUUAUGUGUUAUGCCACUGUAUGCUAAUUCAUCUGAUCAAAAAAACUUUCCUUUAUGUUCACAUGCUGAUCAUAAAUCUAAGAUGAAUACUAUUUGGGUAGCUGGUGUAUCUGUGGUUUUGAUCUUUUUUGGAGCUGCUUUGUUUUUGAAAAAGAGGUGUAGCAAUGAAGCGGCUUUGGUCGAACACGAAGACACGCUUUCGUCGUCUUUUUUCUCUUAUGAUGUUAAGAGUUUUCACAUGAUUAGUUUUGAUCAAAGAGAGAUUGUUGAGUCUUUGGUUGAUAAGAAUAUAAUGGGACAUGGAGGGUCAGGGACAGUUUACAAGAUCGAAUUGAAGAGCGGCGAUGUUGUCGCGGUUAAGAGACUUUGGAGUAGAAAUUCAAAGGAUUCAUCAUCAGCUGAAGAUGAUUUGUUUGUGGACAAGGCAUUGAAAGCUGAAGUUGAGACACUUGGGAGUAUAAGACACAAGAACAUAGUGAAGUUGUAUUGUUGUUUCUCAAGUUUGGAUUGUAGUUUAUUGGUUUAUGAGUUUAUGCCAAAUGGUACUUUGUAUGAUUCUCUUCAUAAGGGUUGGAUUCAUUUAGAUUGGCCUACAAGGUAUAGGAUUGCACUUGGAAUUGCUCAAGGUCUUGCAUAUCUUCACCAUGAUUUGGUUUUUCCUAUUAUUCAUAGAGAUAUUAAGUCAACUAAUAUACUCUUGGAUGAGGAUUACCAUCCAAAAGUUGCUGAUUUUGGGAUUGCUAAGGUUUUGCAAGCAAGAGGGGGAAAGGAUUCUACAACCACUGUUAUUGCAGGAACAUAUGGUUACUUAGCACCAGAAUAUGCAUAUUCAUCAAGGGCAACCACAAAGUGUGAUGUGUACAGUUUUGGUGUAAUUCUGAUGGAGUUAUUAACAGGGAGAAAACCAAUUGAGUCAGAAUUUGGAGAGAACAGAAACAUAGUGUUUUGGGUUUCAAACAAAGUAGAAGGCAAAGAAGGUGCUAGACCAAGUGAAGUUUUUGAUCCAAAGUUAUCAUGUUCAUUCAAAGAUGACAUGGUUAAAUUGUUAAGGAUUGCAAUUCGAUGUACCUACAAAGCACCAGCUAGUAGACCAACCAUGAAAGAGGUUGUUCAACUUUUGAUUGAGGCAGAGCCAAAAAGUUCUGAUUCUUGCAAGUUGUUGCCAACCAAAGAUGUGUCAACAAAUGUUACCUUCAUAAAGAAACCAUUUGAGUUAUAAUCAAUAUUAUUAUUAUUAUUAUUAUUAAGUAGCUUAAUUAAGGGGUAAGAUGGAUAAUAUAGAAACAACUAAGAUAAUAAAAGUAGUCUCUCUUGUUGUAAUGUAAUGUAAUGUAAUUGAGAGACUCAUUGUAAAAUGGAUAACAAUUUUCCAUAAUCUUUUUGUUUUUUUUUAUUUUUAAGACAAGUAGUUUGUAGAUUCUAUCUUUGAAUUUUGACUUUUGUAAAAUUUUCUUAGCUUUUACAAUGAUGUACAGUAUCCAUAUUUCCGAGGCCCA